CUCUGAGUAAGUCAAUGGGAGGACUUCAGUCAGAGCAGCAAGCAGGUCUACUGAGCAGAUCAGAUGACAUGCUUGGGAGAUUAACAAGAAAAGGAGACUCUCUGGAACUCAUUGGCAUUCAAAUUCAAACACGAGUCUACUGCUACAGCAGAGAGAGAGAAGGAGAGAGAAACUAAUGAACAGUUUUUCUUUCACAGCUAUCAGUUUCUUUCACUAAGCCUUCCAAAACCCGAGCCUCUGCAGAAGACUAAACCCUUGGGCGUUACCUUCAGAAAUGGACAGAAGCUUGUACACUCUCAUUUUCGAGAACCCGAAAAAUUUUUUUAAAGGAAGGAGUCAACUUUGGCUUUGAGUGUUUGGCCUGGGUACAAUGCCUUUAAAAAGCAGAUGACCAGCUUAGCUACUGACCAUGCUGACCAUUGUCCAGAACUGGAUCACAUUACACAAAAAUAGCGAAUGGCUUUCUCUUAUAAAAUAUCAGAACAGAGCACAAUUCCUGAGCACAUUUUGCAGAACUCCUUUCAUCACUUAAUCUUUGCUAACUGGUCUGGAUUACAGACAGAAUCGAUACCAGACGAAAUGAAACAGAUUGGUGAGCAACAGGGAAAUAAACCACACUGGGCAGCUCUUCUGAUACUCAUGGUGAUAAUACCCACAAUUGGUGGGAACAUCCUGGUUAUUCUGGCUGUUUCACUGGAGAAAAAGCUGCAGUAUGCUACCAAUUAUUUUCUCAUGUCUCUGGCAGUGGCUGAUUUGCUGGUUGGAUUGUUUGUGAUGCCGACUGCCCUCUUGACAAUAAUGUUUGAGACUAUGUGGCCCCUCCCACUUGUCCUAUGUCCUGCCUGGUUAUUUCUUGACGUUCUUUUUUCUACUGCAUCCAUCAUGCAUCUCUGUGCCAUUUCCGUGGAUCGCUAUAUAGCCAUCAAAAAGCCAAUCCAGGCCAAUCAAUAUAACUCACGAGCCGCAGCAUUCAUCAAGAUUACAGUGGUAUGGUUAAUUUCAAUAGGCAUUGCCAUUCCAGUACCUAUUAGAGGGAUAGAAACUGAUGUGGGGAACCCAAGCAACAUCACCUGUGUGCUGACAAAGGAUCGUUUCGGCAACUUCAUGCUCUUUGGCUCGCUGGCUGCCUUCUUCACACCUCUGGCAAUCAUGAUUGUCACCUACUUUCUCACUAUCCAUGCUUUACAGAAGAAAGCUUACUUGGUCAAAACCAAGCCACCUCAACGCCUAACGUGGCUGGCUGUGUCUACAGUUUUCCAAAGGGAUGGAACACCUUGCUCAUCACCUGAAAAGGUGGCAAUGCUGCAUGGUUCCCACAAGGACAAAACUCUGCCCAACUCAAGUGAUGACAUACUUAGGCGAAUAAUGUCCACAGUUGGAAAAAAGUCCACGCAGACCAUUUCCAAUGAACAGAGAGCCUCCAAGGUUCUAGGGAUUGUUUUUUUUCUCUUUUUGCUUAUGUGGUGCCCCUUUUUUAUUACAAAUAUAACUUUAGUUUUAUGUGAUUCCUGCAACCAGACUACUCUCAAAAUGCUCCUAGAAGUAUUUGUGUGGAUAGGCUAUGUUUCCUCAGGGGUGAAUCCUUUGGUCUACACCCUCUUCAAUAAGACAUUUCGGAACGCAUUUGGCCGAUACAUCACCUGCAAUUACCGGGCCACAAGAUCAGUAAAAACUAUCAGAAAAUGCUCCAGCAAUAUCUACUUCCGAAAUCCAAUGGCAGAGAACUCUAAGUUUUUCAUGAAACAUGGAAUGCGAAAUGGGAUUAAUCCUGCCAUGUACCAGAGCCCAAUGAGGCUCCACAGUUCAAACAUUCAGGCUUCCUCAAUCAUUCUACUAGAUACACUUCUCCUCACAGAGAAUGAAGGUGACAAAACUGAAGAGCAAGGCAGUUAUGUAUAGAAGGAAUGUCAGUUUUCAUCUAAAUAAUAUAACGAUGAGUGAGGUAAUUAAGCAGAUAUAAAUGUACCAAGAAUUAUGUAAAGGAGAACUUUAUGUCAUGUAUCAAAUCAUCUCUUUAAAAUAAGAGUUAUCUAUUAAGAUUAUAUAACUUUCUUUAUUUGGACAAAACUACUCCAUGUAAAAAAUCAUUUUGUACGGCUGCAAACAAAAAUAAUCCAGCAGUCUGGCUAAAUGUUAAGGUAUUCAAAUGAAAUAAAAUUAAGUAAAUCAGUAAGUUUCAGUCUUAAACAGUCAUUGUAAGAAUUUGUUUAGUUCCUAACUGUAUGCAAAGCUGUGCUUCGAAUGAAAUAAAACAAGACAAAAAAGCAUUAACCUCUUCAAAGCCUUAAAAACAUAAGGCAUAACACAGAAAACAGUGAAAGAUUAAAAAUAAGUGCAUAAAAUGAUCGCAUCUGGAGGUAAGCUAAGACUGUCAUUACGGUCUGGCUCAGUUAAAUGUAGUCAAGAUUUUGCUUUGAUCAAGAAACUUGUCUUGAUGGAAGGGGUAGGGAGGAUAGUAGUUGGAUAUCACACAAAGUAACAGGAUCUCGGAACCAGAGCUGUUUGUUAAAUGGCUGAUACCAGGUAUUUACUCACCAGACGUGGGUCUAACUUAGAAAAGAAGAGGAAGCAAAUGAAAUCACUUCUGGGUACCUGAAAUUAAUUUUGUUCCUUAAAGAACAAGUGCAAACUGGAGCCACAGGAUCUCGAUCCAGGAACCUAAACUUUAAUGACCCCAUAAUGACCCAAAAACUUGACUGAACUUCUGGCACAACAUUUUUUAUUCAUUCUUUCCUUAUUUCACUUUGUACUGCUAGAUCUGGGAAUAAAUCCAAACUGU